GGCGAGUGGGAGGCGGGCGAGAAGGAGGGGCGCGGCGUCAUGCGAUUCGCCGACGGCGACGUCUACGAGGGCGAGUACAAGGCGGGUGAGAGGGAGGGGCACGGCGUCUACCGGUACGCCAACGGCACCGUCUACGAGGGCGAGUGGAAGGCGGAUGAGAAGGAGGGGCCCGGC